AUCGGACGGUCAGACACUCAUUCCUUUUACUGAAUCGUGAUCGUCCAUUUCUUCUUUAUAAACCAAGAUUAGGGUUUAUACUCCGCCGUGGAAUCAAACCUAGGACUCACACUUUGCAGCUGGUCUCUCAGGAGUUUGCAGAUUCUUGAGGUGAGUUGUGAAGAUGUUUACAUCUAGGAAGAAAAUCCACAAGGAUAAGGAUGUCGAGCCAACUGAGUUUGAGGAAACAGUUGGACAGGCAUUGUUUGAUCUGGAAAACACUAACCAUGAGCUGAAAAGUGAGCUGAAAGAUUUAUACAUUAAUUCAGCAGUCCAAAUUGAUGUUUCUGGCAACCGCAAGGCUGUGGUUAUCCAUAUCCCCUACAGAUUAAGGAAAGGCUUCCGGAAGAUUCAUCUCAAGCUUGUUAGGGAGCUUGAGAAGAAAUUUAGCGGCAAGGAUGUGAUCCUGAUUGCCACCCGGAGGAUAGUGAGGCCACCAAAGAAAGGUUCUGCUGCUCAGCGUCCUCGCAGCCGCACACUCACAGCUGUGCAUGAGGCAAUGUUGGAGGAUGUUGUGUUGCCUGCUGAGAUUGUUGGGAAGCGUGUUAGGUACCGAGUUGAUGGAACCAAGAUUAUGAAGGUGUUUUUGGACCCCAAGGAGCGAAACAACACUGAAUACAAGCUGGAGACUUUUGCUGCGGUAUACAGGAAAUUUUCGGGCAAAGAUGUUGUGUUUGAGUAUCCUAAUACCGAGGCUUAGGUUCUAUUUGUCAGUUUGAGAUUUUUAAUGAAUUGCAUAUGGUGGAUGCUGGUUAAAAUUUUGUUCUAGUUGCCUCUCUGGGAUUCCUUUGGUGACUUUUUAAGAAUACUGCAGCCUGGUCUAUCAAUGUAGGAUUUGAUAUUUUCUCAAGUGAAUUUAAAAUUGUUCGUACUUCUAAUUCUAUUCAGUGUUUUGAUCUGGUAUGGAAGUAAACCUCUUUUUGUCUUGUA